AUGGAGGAGUUCAUGGAGGACCACCAUUGCGGAGACUCUCUCUUCCCAACCUCCACCCUCAUUCCUGUCACCACCAUUUGCAUCCUGCUCUUCGUCGUCGGCAUAACCGGCAACACCAUGACCAUCCUCAUUAUCCAGCGCUUCAAGGACAUGAAGACCACCACCAACCUGUAUCUCUCCAGCAUGGCCGUCUCAGACCUGGUCAUCUUCCUUAGCCUCCCUUUGGACCUCUACUGCCUCUGGAAGUACGUACCCUGGGUCUUCGGGGAGCUGGUGUGCCGUCUAUCACACUACAUCAAUGAAGGAUACACCAAUGCCACCAUCCUCCACAUCACAGUGCUCAGCAUGGAAUGUUACCUGGCAAUCUGCUUCCCUUUCAAAGCCAAGGCUGCCAUCACCAAGCGAAGGUUCAAGUAUGUCAUUCUGACUCUGUGGGGUAUUGCCCUACACUAG